CGCGCGUUACGCUUCGCACGCGCCUCACGCGCGCCUCCGUCGCCUCCGAGGAGGUACCCAGCGCCCUCGCGCUCCGGGACGACACCGCGCGUCGCUCGACGUGAACGGUCUUUUUCGUCCACCCGAGGCACCGCGUGAUCUCGCCCCCGCGAGAUCCGCCCCUCGGGUCCGUCCGUCCGCACGACGCGCGGCUCGGGGACACCCGCGACCGCCGCUUCCGCUCCUCGCGUCGAGGAGACACCAGAAAAGAACGCCAACGGACGGCGCGCUCUGAUCUCGACGUGAACGAUGGCGACCGAGGGGGGAAAGAACGUGCGCUACGUCGUCUUCGCGCGACUGAGCGACGGCCUCGCGCUCGCACAUUUCAAAAAACACGCCAACGCGGCGACGAUCGAGACCGCGAACAAGGUGCUCACGAGCGGGAACCUGAAAGCCAAGUCCCAGCUCACGGUCACGAUCGACCACAACAUCGGGACGCUGCAUCUCGCGGCGGGCGAGGACGACGUCAUCGCGGUCAUCACCGCGCCGAACUACCCGCGUCGAAGCGCGUUUCGACUGUUGGACGAGAUUCGAUCGCAGGUUGACGACGUCGUCCCGGCGGGGGGCGUCGCCGGGGCGCAGCGCGCGAUGGAGUACCAGAGCGCGCUGCCGUUCGUCCGCGACGCGGCGUUGAAGUACGAGGAGCUCGCGGAGGUUGACAAGAUCACCGCGGUGGGGAACCAGGUGAACGAGGUGAAGGCGGUGAUGGAAGGGAACAUCAACAAGAUGCUCGACAACGCGGAAACCGUGGGCGCGGUGGAGGACAAGGCGGAGGGUCUGCGCGCCGGCGCGCAGCAGUUCAACCGCCGCAGCGAGCAGAUCAAGAAGAUGAUGUGGUGGAGGCUCGCGAAGCUGAAGAUGAUCUUCGCGCUGUUGGUCAUCGCGGUGUUGGGGUACAUAUUCGCGCCCAUCAUCGCCGCGGAGAUGGAGUCCGAAGACGACGACUCGUCGUCGUCGUCCAGCGGGGAUUCUUCGUCCCGCCGGCGGUUGCUGUCGGUCGUCGCGAAGGCUCUUCUGAGUCCGUCGGCGCGAUAGACGUGGACGAGAGAGAGGAGCGCGCGCAUCGCAUCGCUUCGUUUUAAUUGAUGAAGAAUAACGUUU